AUACUUUCCUCUCUCCACUCUCCUUCUCAAACUUCUCUCUGCUUUGUUUCUCACAUCUGCUCUCUGGAAAUCAGUGGCGAGCGAUCAAAUGGAGAAGGAAAAUCUGAGAGGACAAGCGAGGAAUCCAAGGAGCCCCAGAUCCGCAAGAUCCGCUGGAGAGGACACACAGAGGGGCGAAGAGAUCGAUCGAUCGAUGGGAAGUUGAUUGUUAAUCCUGAUGGUUUAAGUUUAGAUGCUCGGAAAAUUGAUUUUCUGGAGGAGAUUAAUGAUAUAUCGACCACCUUCCCAGCUCAUAUGAGAUCUGAUUCUCGAAACCAGCGGAACUCAGAACGAGUAAAUGCCUGCGUUGUGUGGUCUCGAAAGGAUCAUGAGUCCCAGAUUUGCUGGCGUUUGUUGUCAGCUGAUUCCUCCUCCCUAUAUCCAGUCGAUUUGUUCUCUCUGUCUCUCCCUCAUUUUAAGUUUGUUUCAUCGCUUUUGAAUAAUAUUUCAUCAACGAGUUUACUAUUAUAGACAACUUCAAUUUGUAGGGGAAAACCACCAAGGCCGUUGGUUACCUGGAUUGCAAUUCGUGAUUCGUUGGUCGGCGUUAUCGCAGUGGUGAAAGCAGCUUGGUUAUUGUUGGAUGAUGGAUUUUGCCUCUGAGGGAACCUUCUGCUGUAAUGUGUGAUGAUCUGUUGAUGUUUCCUUCUUUUUCAUGGUCAACGAGUUUGUUUUGGCAUUUACGUAAACUAUUUCUCCCAUUUUUGUUUCAGCCUAUUACGAAGAGAAAAUGUGGCCACCGAUGGUUCAAUCGUAAAUCGGAACUUCCAAAAGAUCAUUUAGUGAUGAUGUUAGCAUGUUAGUUAGUCACCUAAUUGAGGACAUGUAAACUCAUGGGUGUUCUGUAUUAUUUCCUAUUAUGUUAAACCUUGAUAUAAUGUUAACCCAUGGAGUGUAAUGCUGCU